UGUCCCCGCUCCAGCUCCUCCUCCCGCUCUCGCUCGGCUCUCUGCAGUGUCACGUGCAGCCGCGCUGGGUGCAGGAUGGCGGCGGCGGCGGCGGUGGGUGUCAGGCUGCGGGACUGCUGCAGCCGGGGCGCUGUGCUCCUGCUUUUCUUUUCUCUGUCUCCCCGACCCCCGGCCGCCGCUGCCUGGCUGCUGGGUCUGAGGCCGGAAGACACGGCUGGAGGCCGCGUGUCCCUAGAGGGAGGCACCCUGCGCGCGGCCGAAGGCACCAGCUUCCUCCUACGCGUUUAUUUCCAGCCUGGGCCCCCGGCCCCCGCCGCGCCGGCGCCCGCACCCACCGUCUCCCCGGGGGAAAACAGCACCGGCGCCUGGGCCCCGCGGCUAGUGUUUAUCGAGGAGCCCCCAGGCGGGAGCGGCGCGGCGACCAGCGCGCUCCCCACGCACGCCCCGGGACCUCAGCGCUGCCGCGAGCAGAGCGACUGGGCGUCCGACGUGGAGGUGCUGGGGCCCUUGCGCCCCGGGGGCGUGGCGGGCUCGGCCUUGGUGCAGGUGCGGGUGCGAGAGCUGCGCAAGGGCGAGGCGGAGCGCGGUGGGGCGGGCGGCGGGAAGCUCUUCUCGCUGUGCGCCUGGGAUGGGCGCGCUUGGCACCACCACGGUGCCGCGGGCGGCUUCCUGCUGCGCGUCCGCCCGCGGCUCUACGGCCCGGGUGGGGACCUGCUGCCGCCCGCGUGGCUGCGGGCGCUCGGGGCGCUCCUGCUGCUGGCCCUGUCCGCCCUGUUCAGCGGCCUGCGCCUGAGCCUGCUCUCGCUGGACCCGGUGGAGUUACGGGUGCUGCGGAACAGUGGCUCGGCCGCCGAGCAGGAGCAGGCACGCCGCGUGCAGGCCGUACGCGGCAGGGGGACCCAUCUGCUUUGCACCCUGCUCCUGGGCCAAGCCGGAGCCAACGCCGCCCUGGCCGGCUGGCUGUGCGCUUCACUGCCGCCGGGCGUCGGGGGCCCCGGGGAGGACUACAGCGAGGCGGGGGUUCAUUUCCCGUGGCUGCCGGCGCUCGUGUGCACCGGCGCAGUGUUCCUGGGAGCCGAGAUUUGCCCCUACUCGGUGUGCUCGCGGCAUGGGCUGGCCAUCGCCUCGCACAGUGUGUGCCUGACCAGGCUCCUGAUGGCGGCCGCCUUCCCGGUGUGCUACCCGCUGGGGCGCCUGCUGGACUGGGCGCUACGUCAGGAGAUCAGCACCUUCUACACGCGGGAGAAACUGCUGGAGACGCUGCGGGCUGCAGACCCCUAUAGUGACCUGGUGAAGGAAGAGCUGAACAUCAUCCAGGGCGCCCUGGAGCUGCGCACCAAGGUGGUAGAGGAGGUGCUGACCCCCCUGGGGGACUGCUUCAUGCUGCGUUCAGACGCGGUGCUCGACUUCGCCACUGUCUCCGAGAUCCUUCGCAGCGGCUACACUCGCAUCCCGGUGUACGAGGGCGACCAGAGGCACAACAUUGUGGACAUUCUGUUUGUCAAAGACUUGGCCUUUGUGGACCCCGACGACUGCACCCCGCUCCUUACCGUCACUCGCUUCUACAACCGGCCCCUACACUGCGUCUUCAAUGAUACCCGGCUGGACACAGUGCUGGAGGAGUUUAAAAAGGGAAAAUCUCACCUGGCCAUUGUCCAGCGGGUGAAUAAUGAGGGAGAAGGAGAUCCUUUCUAUGAGGUAAUGGGCAUUGUCACACUAGAAGACAUCAUAGAGGAAAUCAUCAAGUCAGAGAUCCUGGAUGAAACUGAUCUCUACACCGACAAUCGGAAAAAGCAAAGGGUCCCGCAUCGAGAGAGAAAGCGGCAUGACUUCUCCUUAUUUAAGCUUUCCGACUCAGAGAUCAAAGUGAAGAUCUCACCACAGCUUCUGCUGGCCACACACCGCUUCAUGGCCACAGAAGUGGAACCCUUCAAGUCUCACUACCUUUCGGAGAAGAUUCUUCUUCGGCUUCUAAAACAUCCCAACGUGAUCCAGGAGCUGAAGUUUGAUGAGAAGAACAAGAAGGCCCCGGAACACUACCUCUACCAGCGCAACCGCCCGGUGGACUAUUUUGUGCUGCUUCUACAGGGUAAAGUGGAGGUGGAAGUGGGUAAGGAAGGCCUUCGCUUCGAGAAUGGAGCCUUUACCUACUAUGGUGUCCCAGCCAUCAUGACUACUGCUUGCUCAGAUAAUGACGUGCGGAAGGUUGGAAGUCUGGCUGGAUCCUCCGUCUUUCUGCCUGUCUCUGUGUCACGUACCUUCGCCUUCAGCAGAGGGGACUCUCUGGCAGGCUCCCCAGUAAACCGAUCCCCUUCUCGCUGCAGCGGGUUGAAUCGCUCUGAGUCUCCGAAUAGAGAGCGCAGUGACUUUGGUGGGAGCAACACGCAGCUGUACAGCAGCAGCAACAACCUCUACACACCUGACUACUCAGUCCACAUCCUCAGCGAUGUGCAGUUCGUGAAGAUUACCCGACAGCAAUACCAGAAUGCCCUCACCGCCUGCCACAUGGACAGCUCGCCCCAGUCCCCCGACAUGGAGGCCUGCACUGACGGAGACUCCACCAAGGCCCCCACGACCCGGGGCACACCCCAGACUCCCAAGGAUGAUGCUGCCCUCACGCUACUGAACAACAGGACCAGCCUGCCGUGCAGCCGCUCAGAUGGUCUGAGAAGCCCUGGGGAGGUGGUGUAUCUGAGAAUGGAGGAGAUAGCCUUCACCCGGGAAGAAGUGACCGACUUCGAGGAGCACAGGACACAGAAAGUCUUGCUGUCCCCUGCAGCUGUUCCCACAACAGCAGCAUCAGAUAAUGAGUGCUGUAAUAUCACCCUGGACCCAGAGACCAGCCCUUGCAGCAGUGACUUUGAGGAAACCAUGGGCAAGAAGCUGCUGAGAACCUUGAGUGGUCGAAAAAGGAAGAGGUCAGCAGAGGGAGAGAGAACCUCUGAGGAAAACUCCAACUUAACACCUCUGAUCACAUGACAGGCAAAGACAACAUUCACGAGUGUGCGAGAUCCAGGGCUUUGGGGAAGGCCCUGCCCUCCCAUCAUCUGCUUGCCCCCAAGGCCUCCCCCGGGUGACAGCGUUCUGCCUUCCUUCCCACCGUCUCAACCCCAGCUGUCAGUUUGGCAGAUUUUCCCUCGUUGCCUCCAGUUUGACUCAGAACCUUGCCAUGGCCAUAACAGAAGAAGGUGCCUGUAACAGAAAUGCUAGCAACGGUCUUGUCCAUAGCACAGUCUGAAACUGGAAAAGAGGUAACCCCAAGCUGACAGUGCCACUCGGAGACCCUUAUGUUCUUUGCGCUUUGGGAUCCCACGUCCUAGGAGACCCAUGUCCUGGAAUUCACCAUUCCUUCCUCAAGAUGAAAAUUAUAACUUUGUACCAUAUUUCAUGCUUAGCUUAGUUCAGAAGGUGCCACUGGAAGAUGGGCACAUAGCAGGCUGGAGUAGCAGGUAUAAAGAUUAGUUCGGACGGACCAAGAAUUCCUCCAGAACUCUGGCGCAUGGGACUCAGCUGCACUGCUCUGUGAUUGAUGUUACAGCACAGAGAAGUGUCAGUGACUGGUUUCCUGUGAGAUAAGAGUUUCAGCGGCCUGGGGAAGCACACCUCAGCUGGAAUGAAAAGAAUGUGAGGUGGAACCUCAACUCACUGUUUUUCCCAGGGACGUCUGUUUUGGCUCCCAAUCCGCAGUCUCUAACGGACUAAUAAAUCUGUUCUGGAACAGGAGCAGGGAGCAGGGAGCAGAGAGACCCAGUUGGGAGCCAAAGAUGGAUCUUCAGGUUUUAAGUGCAUAUCAUAGGAAAAAAAAAAAAAAAAAAAAAAACAA